GCGAAAGUAUCUGCCGCCAGACCCCCAUUGAAUGUGCGGGAGUGUCUCCAAAUUUUACCGGCGAGGACAGACAUGGUACAGAGAUGAAUGGAUAACCUGCAGAUGCAUUCGCAACGAUAAAUUCAACGAAAUCACAAAGCUAGCUAGCUGCUAAGCUAACGAGGCUAGCGGAGAAAGGCAGCGCCGGUCUGAAGGAAGCUUCUCCCCCGCCACCGUGACCACCACUUUCCGAAGACAGCUGGCACCCAACUCGGCGACGGAAAGUUUCUGUGAGUAUGGCUUCCUGCGCUUCGUGCACUUUACUCAUGGAUAGGUUGGCUUUGCUAGAGAGCCGUGUCCGCCAGUUAGAGCAGUGUAAUUUCGUAACUUUAGAUGUUGCGGACACAUCUGCUAGCGUUAGCUGUAGCGAGCUAACUAACCCAGCUUGUAGCAGCCCUAAUCGGCCUACAAGAUACGGUGUACCGGUUGAGACGCAUAAUAGAUUUAGCCCUUUAGCUAGUCCUACACCCCAGUCUACCGGGCACCACACUUUAGUCAUAGGGGACUCCAUCACCCGAAACAUAAAGCUUAGCAAACCAGCCACAAUUAAGUGUAUUCCCAGGGGCAGAGCACCUGACAUUGAAGCUAAUCUUAGGGAGCUAACUCGCAACAGGUCUAGUAAACACGUACGGCAGGCUAACCGCACCACUAGUUAUGCGAAUAUAGUAAUACACGUUGGCUCCAAUGACGUUAGGAUGAGACAAUCAGAGAUUACAAAGAGAAACAUAGCCAUGGCUUGUAAUCUCGCCAGAAAGAUGUCCAGGCAUCGAGUAAUUGUCUCUGGCCCCCUGCCUGGGAGAGGCAAUGAUGAGAGAUAUAGCAGAUUAGUCUCUCUUAACAGGUGGCUGGAUAGCUUCUGCAGACAACAGGGAUUUACGUUUAUUGAUAAUUGGCCCUCUUUCUGGGGCAAACCUGGCUUGCUGAGGAGAGACGGCCUUCACCCUAACCAGGAAGGCGCUAUCCUCUUGUCUCGGAACAUAGACUUCGCAUUGAGCCACAUUUGACUAACUGCACUAGAGCAAGCCCGGUCACAGGCAAUUACAGAGCCUGCUAGCCUGGGUAUGGAGUCAGUUAAGUCAGUUAAGUUAGAACUAGCCAGCGCCAGGCUGGAUGAUCCCUGUACACAUAGCAAUUUUCGUAGAAUAAUACACAACUCACAAAAUGUUUUUUCUACUGUGUCUAUGACUACGUCAGAGUUAGACAUGCGUUCUACUGAGGUGGCAAAUUAUGAUGCGUUCAGUUUAUCGCAGCGCCAAGUAGACAAUCUGAAAAUUCCCGUCAUAUCAAUUCCUAGAUAUGGUCGUAAUUAUUUUAAGUACACUGCGCAUAAUAAACGCAACAUUAUUAAUAUUGCUACUACGGAUAAUUUUAUCAACAACUCCUUAAAACAGCCCACUACCUAUAAUAUGGGCUUUCUAAACAUCAGAUCUUUGUCUCCCAAAACGUUAUUAGUCAAUGAGGUCAUUAGAGACAACAACCUUAACGUCAUCGGUCUUAGCGAAACCUGGCUUAAACCAGACGACUUUUUUGCGAUAAAUGAGGCAUCCCCUCCUAACUAUACGAAUGCGCAUAUUGCCCGUCACCUCAAAAGGGGAGGGGGUGUCGCACUAAUAUACAACGAAAACUUUAACUUUAGUCCUAACUUAAAUAAUAAAUAUAAAUCGUUUGAGGUGCUUUUUAUGAAGUCUGCCACACCUCUGCCUCUGUGCCUGGCCGUUAUCUACCGCCCCCCAGGGCCCUAUUCGGACUUUAUUAGUGAAUUCUCAGAGUUUGUUGCUGAUCUAGUGACGCACGCCGAUAAUAUAAUUAUAAUGGGGGACUUUAAUAUCCAUAUGAAUACCCCAUUGGACCCACCGUGCGUGGCGCUCCAGACUAUAAUUGAUAGCUGUGGUCUUACACAAAUAAUAAAUGAACCGACGCAUCGCAGCGGUAAUACGAUAGACCUAGUGCUUGUCAGAGGUAUCACCGUCUCCAAAGUUAUGAUACUCCCGUAUACUAAAGUAAUGUCCGAUCAUUACCUUAUAAAAUUCGAAGUUCAGACUCAUGUUCGGCAAGCUAAUAAUAAUAAUAACUGCUAUAGCAGCCGCAACAUUAAUGCUGCCACAACGACGACUCUUGCGGACCUACUGCCCUCGGUAAUGGCACCGUUCCCAAAGUAUGUGGGCUCUAUUGAUAACCUCACUAACAACUUUAACAACGCCCUGCGCGAAACCAUUGAUAACAUAGCACCGCUGAAGUUAAAAAAGGCUCCAAAAAGGCGUACGCCAUGGUUUACUGAAGAAACUAGAGCUCAGAAAUUAUUAUGUAGAAAGCUGGAACGCAAAUGGCGCACGACUAAACUUGAGGUGCACCAUCAAGCAUGGAGUGAUGGUUUAAUAACUUAUAAACGCAUGCUUACCUUAGCUAAAACUAAUUAUUACUCAAAUCUCAUCCGCAUUAAUAAAAACGAUCCCAAAAAUUUUUGUUUAGUACAGUAGCAUCGCUAACCCAACAAGGGACUCCUUCCAGUAGCUCCACCCAUUCGGCAGAUGACUUUAUGAAGUUCUUUAAUAAGAAAAUUGAACUUAUUAGAAAGGAGAUUAAAGACAAUGCGUCCCAGCUACAACGGGGUUAUAGUAACACAGAUACGAUUGUAUAUACGGCGGAUACUGCAAAUAUCCAAAAUAGUUUCUCUCGUUUUGAUGAAAUAACAUUAGAAGGAUUGUUACAAUGUGUAAAUGGAAUAAAACAAACAACAUGUUUACUUGACCCACUUCCUGGGAAACUUAUCAAGGAGCUUUUUGUAUUAUUAGGUCCAUCAGUGCUAAAUAUUAUAAACUUAUCACUUUCCUCGGGCACUGUUCCCGUUGCAUUCAAAAAAGCGGUUAUUCAUCCUCGAUCCUGACCUCAUGGUAAACUACUAAACUACCGACCGGUGUCUCACCUUCCCUUUAUUUCGAAAAUCCUCGAAAAAAUUGUUGCAGAGCAGUUAAAUGAGCACUUAGCGUUUAACAAUCUAUGUGAAACCUUUCAAUCCGGUUUCAGGGCAAAUCACUCGACUGAAACAGCCCUCGCAAAAUUGACUAAUGAUCUAUUGCUAACGAUGGACUCUGAUGCGUCAUCUAUGUUGCUGCUCCUCGAUCUUAGCGCUGCUUUCGAUACCGUCGAUCAUAAUAUUUUAUUAGAGCGUAUCAAAAUACGAAUUGGUAUGUCAGACUCAGCCCUGUCAUGGUUUAACUCUUAUCUUACUGAUAGGAUGCAGUGCGUCUCCUAUAACAGUGUGACCUCGGACUAUGUUAAGGUAACGUAUGGAGUUCCCCAGGGUUCGGUCCUUGGCCCUGUACUCUUCAGCAUCUACAUGCUGCCGCUAGGUGACAUCAUACGCAAAUACGGUAUUAGCUUUCACUGUUAUGCUGAUGACACCCAACUUUACAUGCCCCUAAAGCUGACCAACACGCCGGACUGAAGCGUGUCUUAAUGAAAUUAAACAAUGGAUGUCCGCUAACUUUUUGCAACUUAAUGCCAAAAAAACGGAAAUGCUGAUUAUCGGUCCUGCUAGACACCGACCUCUAUUUAAUAAUACAACUUUAACAUUUGACAACCAAAUAAUAAAACAAGGCGACUCUGUAAAAAAUCUGGGUAUUAUCUUCGACCCAACUCUCUCCUUUGAGUCACACAUUAAAAGCGUUACUAAAACGGCCUUCUUUCAUCUCCGUAAUAUCGCUAAAAUUCGCUCCAUUUUGUCCACUAAAGACGCCGAGAUCAUUAUCCAUGCGUUUGUUACGUCUCGUCUCGAUUACUGUAACGUAUUAUUUUCGGGUCUCCCCAGGUCUAGCAUUAAAAGAUUACAGUUGGUACAAAAUGCGGCUGCUAGACUUUUGACAAGAACAAGAAAGUUUGAUCAUAUUACGCCUGUACUGGCUCACCUGCACUGGCUUCCUGUGCACUUAAGAUGUGACUUUAAGGUUUUACUACUUACGUAUAAAAUACUACACGGUCUAGCUCCAGCCUAUCUUGCCGAUUGUAUUGUACCGUAUGUCCCGGCAAGAAAUCUGCGUUCAAAAGACUCAGGCUUAUUAGUGAUUCCUAGAGCUCAAAAAAAGUCUGCGGGCUAUAGAUCGUUUUCCGUUCGGGCUCCAGUACUCUGGAAUGCCCUCCCGGUAACAGUUCGAGAUGCUACCUCAGUAGAAGCAUUUAAGUCUCAUCUUAAAACUCAUCUGUAUACUCUAGCCUUUAAAUAGACCUCCUUUUUAGACCAGUUGAUCUGCCGCUUCUUUUCUUUCUCCUAUGUCCCCCCCUCCCUUGUGGAGGGGGUCCGGUCCGAUGACCAUGGAUGAAGUACUGACUGUCCAGAGUCGAGACCCAGGAUGGACCGCUCGUCGGGACCCAGGAUGGACCGCUCGCCUGUAUCGGUUGGGGACAUCUCUACGCUGCUGAUCCGCUUGAGAUGGUUUCCUGUGGACGGGACUCUCACUGCUGUCUUGGAGCCACUAUGGAUUGAACUUUCACAGUAUCAUGUUAGACCCGCUCGACAUCCAUUGCUUUCGGUCCCCUAGAGGGGGGGGGUUGCCCACAUCUGAGGUCCUCUCCAAGGUUUCUCAUAGUCAGCAUUGUCACUGGCGUCCCACUGAAUGUGAAUUCUCCCUGCCCACUGGGUGUGAGUUUUCCUUGCCCUUUUGUGGGUUCUUCCGAGGAUGUUGUAGUCGUAAUGAUUUGUGCAGUCCUUUGAGACAUUUGUGAUUUGGGGCUAUAUAAAUAAACAUUGAUUGAUUGAUAGUAGAUAUUUUGGCUGUCACCGUAGGCUGAUGUUAGCUUCCCUGCUAUGAAUCACUGUCAAAUGUACAUCGUGUGGAGACAUUUAUUAACGCACUGCAGCCUCAUACGCACGCACGCACGCACGCACACACACACACACACCAAUCAGAAGUGCACAGUGUGUUCCCAGGUGCAGCCCACACCUAUCAGUUUAUGGUUUGCGUAAAGGCUAACUUGUUAUUUUCCUUUGUAAUUUCUGCCUACUGAGCCUAUGGUGCUAUUAAGUUAUUGUAGCUCAAUUUGCCUUUAUUUUUUCAUGUUAAUGUAUUAUUAUCUAAUAUAUAUUAUUGUUUUAGUUGAUUAAGAGGUAUUCCUGGCUCUGAAUUUGCUCAUUGCUAUUUUUAUGUUUUUGUGCAUUAUUUGUUGCCGUCAUCAUUAAACAAACAGCUUACUCAUCAGUUACUCAGUACUUGAGUAGUUUUUUCACAAUAUACAUUUUACUUUUACUCAAGUAAAUAUUUGGGUGACUACUCCUUACUUUUACUGGAGUAAUAAAUCUCUAAAGCAGGGGUCACCAACGUGGUGCCCGCGGGCACCAGGUAGCCCGUAAGGACCAGAUGAGUAGCCCGCUGGCCUGUUCUAAAAAUAGCUCAAAUAGCAGCACUUACCAGUGAGCUGCCUUUAUUUUUUAAAUUUUAUUUAUUUACAAACAAGCUGGUCUCGCUUUG